AUGCAGGCACCUGACAACGGUGGAUCAGUUCAGGGAAUGAUGGAAACGAUGAAAGCUUUGAUCGAGGAAGCAACAAAGAAGUUGGAGGAUAAGAUGGAUGAUGUUACCUCAGAGAUUAAGGCAAUGGUUGGGGACUUAGAUGAGAGACUUGAUAUGGUUGAAUGUUAUGUCAAUGAGCAACGAACCAAGAAGGCUCAUGAUAGAAGCGGAGCAAUGAAGAGAGGAGGAGGCGGAGGAGGAGGCGGAGGAGGAGGCGAGGAGGCGGAGGAGGGGAGGAGGGGAGGAGGAGGAGGAGGAGCAAGUAGUAGAACCGCCAAAGAAGAGAAGAAAAGAAACUCCAGCAGAGAAAGAGAAGAGGACAAUCAGACCUUCAGCUAUUCUCUCAUCUCCAUAUGUGGCUGGUCAGGCAAAUAG